CUCUCUCUCUCUCUCUCUCUUUCGGUGACGUCACGAUACUCGGCCGAGCUCCGCUGAAACCAUCGGAAUGCGACGCGAUGCUGGUUUAAAGCCCAACAAAACGGCCUCUCGAUGUCGGUGCUGGUGAGGUUUGCGCACCUGGAUCCGUGUUCGUGCUGAAGCUCCCUCUCGUCCAACCGGACUUUAACUUUGUUACGGAAACUAUUUUUUUUGCCCGCGGGAAGAGCGUGUGUGUUUUUCCUCUCUUGUCCGACCGCGGGAUCAGGUGGAUCAUGAGUUGCUGCGGGCUACAGCUCCACCUCCGGAUGACGGUCUGAUGCUUGGCUUCCUCAGGCGCCACCAUGUUCACCAAGAAGAAGAAGUCUCGCAUCCAGAUCUCGGCGCCGUCCAACUUUGAGCACCGUGUCCAUACAGACUUUGACGAGCAGGAGCAGAAGUUCGUCGGGCUGCCGCGACAAUGGCAGUCCCUCAUCGAAGACACGGCCAAGAGGCCCAAGCCCUUCAUCGACGUCACCGUCAUCACCACUGUGGAGCCCAGCAAGUCAAUUGUUCGAGGCAACAAAAUGGCCGUCGACGGCUCUCUGACGUGGCUGCUGGACGAGUUCGACACCAUGUCGGUGACCCGCUCCAAUUCGCUGCGGCGAGGAAGUCCUCCAGUCCAGCCUCGCAGAGACUCCUCUGGAGGCGGGGGUCAGGAGAACGGAGACCCGCACCACAGACACAUGUCAGACCGGCAGGACAGAUCACGACCGGACCAGCAGGGUGGAGGUGACCCCCGACACGGUCAGCACGCGGUCCGGCCCCCUCAGCGAGACGACUCGGGCCUGGUUCGACCACAGCAGCAGCCUCGCGGUCAAGAGCCCAGCAGGGUCCCCAGACCGGGCUCAGGUCCUCCAGUACCGCCCCCCAGAGACAGGGAGCACCGAGAGCGAAACCAGGACCAGGUGACCCGUCGGGACCAGCAGAGCGAUCAUCGACCAAAGUCCAGCUACAUCGGAAGAGAGGGCAGCCCUCAGUCCCCCAGAGACAAGCGUCCCCUCUCUGGGCCCAACAUUCGUACCCCAAACCUCCCUGUUACAGACGGGGUGGUCAAACCCACGCAGCAGUCCACGCGGCCAUUCAACACCUACCCCAGGACGGACAGUGAGGGCGGACGGAGCCCCACAGGACAGCCGGCUCGGCACCCGGAACCUUCCCCCAAAAAUGGCCCCUCUGCCGCCCCCCAGCGUGGGUCCUCCAAGCCGCCGGUCAGCCACCCACAUCCUCAUCACAAGUCCCACCCCACCUUAGCCCCCGAGUCCUCCCAGCAUCCGCACACGCCGCACCCCAACGUGCCUGCACCCAGACCCCCCGUGCCCUCGGGACCUCAGAUGUCCGGUGCUCCACCCCAGACCCGAUCUCCACAGCGGGAGCCGCAGCGAGUCUCUCAUGAGCAGUUCAGGGCUGCGCUGCAGAUGGUGGUGGACCCUGGCGACCCUCGGACCUACCUGGACCACUACAUCAAGAUCGGGGAGGGGUCCACGGGCAUCGUGUGCAUAGCCACGGUCAAGACCACCGGGAAGCUGGUGGCGGUGAAGAAGAUGGACUUGAGGAAGCAGCAGCGUAGAGAGCUUCUCUUUAAUGAGGUGGUCAUCAUGCGAGACUAUCACCACGAGAACGUCGUGGAGAUGUACAACAGCUACCUGGUGGGCGACGAGCUGUGGGUCGUCAUGGAGUUUCUGGAGGGCGGGGCUCUCACCGACAUCGUGACGCACACCAGGAUGAACGAGGAGCAGAUCGCCACGGUGUGUCUAUCGGUCCUGAAGGCGCUGUCGGUGCUGCACACCCAGGGAGUGAUUCACAGAGACAUCAAGAGCGACUCCAUCCUGCUCACUCACGACGGCCGGGUGAAGCUGUCCGACUUCGGCUUCUGCGCUCAGGUGUCCAAAGAGGUGCAAAGGAGGAAGUCUCUGGUGGGAACCCCCUACUGGAUGGCUCCGGAGCUCAUAUCAAGACUCCCCUAUGGACAAGAGGUGGACAUCUGGUCUCUGGGGAUCAUGGUCAUCGAGAUGGUGGACGGCGAGCCUCCGUACUUCAACGAAGCGCCGCUCAAAGCCAUGAAGAUGAUCCGAGACAAUCUGCCUCCCAAACUCAAGAACCUGCACAAGGUCUCCCCUCUGCUGAAAGGAUUCCUGGACCGGAUGUUGGUACGAGACCCGGCUCAGAGGGCCACUGCCAGCGAGCUCCUCAAGCACCCCUUCCUGACCAAAGCCGGCCCCCCCUCCUGCAUCGUCCCCUUAAUGCGGCAGAACAGAAUGAGAUGAGACAUCAGAACCGCUGACGGAUGGACUGGAAUACUCCUCCACACGGGGCAAAGGUCGCUGGACGAGUGUGCAGGAGUAUUCCACUGAACUGAGGGGGGCAGCAGCGAGACCGCUAAGUUUGUGUGAGAGUGUGUGUGAGUGAGUGAGUGUGUGAAGUGCUUCCUGGAUGAAACAGCCGACCCAUGUUGGAAGAAGACGGCAGACGAGUCAGAGCUGCUGUGCUUCUGUCGCUCCUCAGUGUGAAGGUGGGAUUUGCACACUAACUGUCCCGCCGAGGGUUUGGACUUCCUGCCUGGACGGUCUGAAGCUGGAACAUUUUUUUCACGACAAGCCCAACUUUACUACUGAGGGAAGAAACGUUUGACUCACCGCGGAGCCCCGCUUUUAUUGUGUCGCCUUAAACACUCAAGCUUCCUUUCGCAGGAGUCAAAGGUCAACACUGGAGUUUUAAUAACAUGGUUUUAUUUUUGAUGUGGUGUGAGGGCGGAGUGGAUGCUUGACCCCGGCGUGGUUUUAUUUUUGAGCUUUUUUAGUUCGGCUCAUGUUGAAAGACGCUGCACACAUGACUCGCGCUGUAUUUUUGAUCACACUACAGUUCACCCAGAGGGAGGGAGCACACCUGCCCCACGUCUGUGACGACUGACUCGCUCCUGUUCAGGCGGCUGUGGUUUUGGAGUCGUUCUCACAACCUGAGCUGCCUCUGACCACCUCAUCUGACGUCCCGCACGGGUUUCCAUGACUCAUGAGGUCCGUUGUGAUUGAAAAGCAGCCUCGUCCAUGGUGGACCUCAGGGCUGCACACUUUCUGAGUCACGCCCAAGAGGCUGUGACUCAUGACCCUUUAAUAACUAACUCCCAGGUGUGAGCGUGGACCAGUGUCGACAGUGGGGCUCAGUCGUUCUGCACAGACUCCACGUAGAUCUCUGACCACAUCCUCACCAGAGUCCUGUUCGCGGUCGUCAUCAAGUUAAUAGCUAACAGUUUUUAAUUUUUUUUUUUUUUUUGGAAAGUACCGAGGUCUCCUGGCAGACUGGCGGGGUCACAGGUCACUGCUCCGUUGUGCGGCUGGUUAUUCAUUGAUGCGCUCAGUUAAGCGUCAAGCCUUCUUUUGUGGCUGAGAGCUGAGGCACCAGAACCAGGACGGGAGAACCAUCAACACGAGUGGAAUGCGGCCUGGAGUUCAGCAUGAAGAGAUUCUAGAGGUCACAGUUUGAACUCUGGUGUUGGGACUUGUUACUGCAACGACACACCCUCCUCACCCUGUCCACACUGGCUGGGAAUUGAACCUGGUCGCUGCAACACUAACCACUUCACCCACUGUCUGUGAGUGACAGGUGAACUCUUAUUCUACUCUAGUUAGCUUGGAUUCUACUCCUGGCUAGCUGGGCCAAUCCUGAGACAAUGAAUGAGUAUUACAGUGACAAACUCAGGAGUCGCAACAGUCUGAUGGUUUUUCAGAAACAAAAGCUUGGUGUGCUCAAAACUUCCCAAAAAGAACUACACAACUGUCUGUCUUUCUUUGUUGUUGAUUUAUUUUGGUUUGUUUGUUGCUCUGCUAAAACACACUGUAACGUUCCUGUCGACGCAAAGGAAAAGUGAUUCCCACUAAAUGUCAACUAUUUUUGUGAACCUCAGUGCGAGUAAUUCCACGACACUAACGCGAGCUAUCACCUGAUAACGCGCUUCCAGCGGAGACCAGUAGUUGUCAGUAGCGAGCCGCGCCAGUGCCUUGUUAGCUUCUGGUGGUUUGUCAUUUCUGUCGUCGCAAAAAAAACACAACUGUUUCAGAACUGUGAGACGAAAACUGUUUCUGUGUUUUGUAUAAAAAAAAUAGACUUCA